AUGGGGACCAAAUCCCACGACUUAAACCUCUUCCCGCCAGGGCUGCGCGGUCGGCGCAUCUUGCUCUGCACCGAGAGCCUCGGUCCUGUUAACGGGGUGUCGCGCACGACCGUAAUGCUCGUGAACCAGCUGCGAUCCCACGGCGCCCUGGUCGCGGUCGUUGCGCCGCACAACCAUACCAAAGUGAACACCUUCUCUCCCAUCAACUCCCCAGGAGGCGAAGGGCCGUCGUUCAACGAGGAGGUGCGGCUACAAGGGUACCCGCUGCCCUUCAACCCCGAGCUCUCGGUGGCCUAUCCGGUGCGCCUUUCCGAGCUAUACAGGCGGACCUUCGGAGGGCCGCCGGAUCUCAUCUACUUGGCCAGCCCCGCGUCGCUGGGCUUCCAGGUGAUGCUGCAGAUACGACAGCACACGUCGGAAUCGCAGGUCCCCAUAAUAUGUAAUUUCCAAACCGACCUCGCCAGGUAUUGCUUGAUCCUGUUCCCCUGGCCGCUGGGCGAUAUCGCGAACCGAGUAUUCGCCUUCGUCCAGGGCUACCUCUUCCGGCAUCCGUCGGUGAAGACGAUUUUCUACCCAAGCACAUCCGUCCGGAGAUACCUAAACCACGCUGCCAGCGUUCCGGACGACAAGCUCGAGGCGCUUAGGCGAGGGGUCGAUACCGAAGCUUUCAAUCCGUCAAAGCGGCGCGAGCAGCUGCGGAGGGAAUGGGCGCCGAAUGGCGAGCUCAUCCUGUUCACCUGCUCACGAUUAGCCGGCGAGAAGGGGUUCGGGUUCCUCGCGCAGGCGGCGGCCGAGCUGGAUAAGAGGGGCCUCGACUUCAAAUUGGUGGUCGUCGGCGGAAACUGGAACGCCGUCAUCGAACUGGAAGUCAAGGAGACGGCCCGGUCGCUCGCGCAGAAGGGGAAGGUCGUCUUCGCCGGCUUCAAGGUGGGCGAGGAGCUGAACGCGCAUUACGCGUCCGCCGACGUCUUCCUGCACUGCUCCGUCACCGAGACGUUCGGGCUGGUGGUCCUCGAGGCGAUGGCGAGCGGCGUGCCGGUGGUCGCGCGGGACGAGGGCGGGCCGAGCGACAUCAUCGAGCACGGCCGGACCGGGUACCUCGUCCCGCCCGACGACCUCGAGGGCUUCGUGCGGACGGUCCUCGAGCUCGGCCGCGACCCGAGGCGCCGCGAGCAGCUUGCCGAGGCGGGCCGCGCGGCCGCCUGCCAGGCCACGUGGGAGGGGAUCGGCAACAAGGUGGCCUGGGCCAUGCUCGACACGAUCGAGGAAUCCGAGCGCGACAAGAAGAGAGGCGCGCUGGAGACGCGGCUGCCGAUCCUCGGCUGGCCGCUUCCGGGCGCGUCGGUGCGGCGUCUCGUCCUGUCGCACCUCGUCGACGCCUGGCUCGGCUUGGCGCUUUCCAUCGUCGUCGGCUUCUGGGCGGUCGUCGGCAGCUACCUGCUCUUCGCCAAUAUCGUACAUGUGGUCAAGGACCGCGCGCCCCAGGUCCGCGCCGCGGUCAACUUUAUAAGUCAGAGAUAG